UCCCACGCAUAUCUUUGAUCAUUAAUUAGGCAUUAGGGCCUGUUUUCUUCGGCAUAAAACAUCUGAUCUGAAUUGAAUUGAACGGAAUUGAACUGAAUUGAACUGAACUGAAAUGAAUAGUGAUAUGUGAGAGUAAAAGUAUUGUCAAGAGCUGAACUGAAUUGAACUGGACUGGACUGGACUGAACUGAACUGAAAAUAAGUUGGGGACAACAGGCCUUAGUAUCACUAGUUCAACCUAUACAAAAGGAUUUGUUAAAGGAGAAUAUUGAUGUCAUAUAAAUCAUAUCCGGGCUAAAUUUUAAUUUUUUUAUUAACAAUCUAAUGCAAUUACGAUAUUUAUCAAGCUAACAUAAUUAUCAAAAACAUUUUAAAUAACUGAGAAAUGAACUAAAUUACCAUUAUUUAAUGACACCUAGCGUAGUUAAGAAACUUAGCAUUAAUUAAGGGAUCUAGAGCAUUUUCUUAUUAAGAUGGUUUACAAGUUGCUUGGUUUUCAAAUAAUGAUACUUACAUUUGAAUCAAAAUGCAACUACUUCAAAUAUAAUAUGUUCCUAAUUACACCAUGACACCAUGUACAACCUACUCUUUCCAAUAAUUGCAGGUUUUAUUCAGUCAACCAGCAAACCCCCUUAGGCUAAUCAAAGAAUAAACUAAUUGAGAUUCUUGUAGUUAAUCACUUAGAUUUACAUUCAUACAGUAUAUUACCACAUUUGCAACGCAUGAUUCAGAUAUAAGUGAUCCAAUCUAUUUCAUUUGAGAUUGGAAUCCAUCACAUAAGCAAGUACUUCAACUUCUAAUACAGAAACUACGCAUAUCAGGAAAUUAUGUAUUCAUCAACCUUGCAGUUGCAGUUGCAGUUGAUAACCAUGAAGCCUACAUAUGCAUCAAAAGACGCUCAAAUACAGGUGGUGCAAAGAAAAGAAACAAUCUUCGCCGGAAUAUCGAAUAAGGGUGGAGAUCAUCCUGUUGAUUUACAUGUUCAGCAGCUACUUCAGAGGCAGGCCAAGGGCUCAACUCGCCGAAAAAAUACCCAUUUUGAUCGUUCCCUUCUUACACAUGCUUACGAGCGCUGUCGAAAAAUUUGUGCUCAACAUGCUACCACCUUUUAUCUUGGAAGUUUGUUGAUGACUGCGGAAAGAAAGAAAGCAGUAUGGGCUGUUUAUGCUUGGGCCCAAAGAACAGAUGAGCUAGUAGAUGUUGCAAAUUCUAUCCUGGCUAGCCCAGCCAUGUUAGAUAGCUGGGAAGAGAGGCUUGAAGACAUCUUUGCUGGACAGCCACAUGACAUAAUAGACACCGCGUUGGCUCACACUGUUCAACAAUUUCCCCUUGACAUCAAGCUGUUCAAAGAUAUGAUAAAGGGAAUGAGAAUGGAUACAUGGAAAACUCGUUACAACAACUAUCAAGAGCUCGAAAUGUAUUGCUACUAUGUAGCAGGAACAGUUGGCUUAAUGACUGUUCCAAUAGCAGGAAUUUCACCAAAGUGUGUAACUUCUACAACAAGCAUUUAUAAAGCUGCAGUUUCCUUAGGAAUUGGAAACCAGUUAACUAACAUCCUUAGAGAUGUAAUAGAAGAUGCUUCCAUGGGGAGAGUGUACCUUCCACAAGACGAGCUCGAAGAGUUCGGGUUGACAGAUAAAGACAUUUUCUCUAGGAAUGUUACAGAGGAAUGGCGAGAGUUCACAAAGAAUCAGAUAACAAGGGCAAGACAUCAUUACGAUCAAGCAGAACAAGGUGUUUCACAGCUAGACAGUGCUAGUAGGUGGCCGAUUUGGGCAUCAAUGAUGCUGUACAAGAAGAUUUUGGAUAAGAUAGAGGAAAACAAUUACGACAACUUGACAAAGCGAGCUAAAGUUGGGACUGCUGAGAAGCUCCUUAUGCUCCCACUAGCUUACGCCAAAGCCUCAGGGUGGCAGUGUCGAGGCACGAUGUUACUCCCUCACUGAUGUCAUGCUGUACGUUCAUACAAAUAUAGUUCUGGCAAAACUACUUGAUAAACCUCUUGUUGCAUGAUUUAGACUAUUAUGAUGAUUGAUGAGAAGUUGAGUUAUGUAAUCUCGAAAUUAUUUAUCUGAUUAAAUCUCAAAUAUGAUGAAAUCAGAAACUCGAUUUUCAUAAGACUUUGAUAUGUGCUAUUUUACAUGUUAGUUAUUCUGCUUAUAUAUGGAAAAUUUAACCUGAAUAAUCUUAGUUAUGAUCAUCAGCUUUUCCCCGUAGACAUUAAGAUUUUUGUCAAAGGAUCAACUCAACCAAAAGCUUAAGUUGAUGGUUGAGGUUCCUGAAAUAGAUUUAUAUUCUAUCACGCCCCCUCACGCAAGAGCCUUUUGGGCUUGAAGUGUGGAUGCAACACAGGCCGCUCUCAUACCUUGCGCUAAAUAUUCCAAUGAGAAAUGAGCGGUGG